GCGCAGGGGGGCGCGCCGCCUCUGCCCCGCGGCGAGGGUGUCUAUGGAGAGGCGGCAGCCGCGGCGGCUGAGGCGGAGGCCGCGGCCAUGGCUCCCUUCCCCGAAGAGGUGGACGUCUUCACCGCCCCGCACUGGCGGAUGAAGCAGCUGGUGGGGCGCUACUGCGACAAGCUUUCAAAAACCAACUUUUCCAACAACAACGAUUUCCGGGCUCUUCUGCAGUCUCUGUAUGCCACUUUUAAGGAGUUCAAAAUGCACGAGCAGAUCGAAAAUGAAUACAUUAUCGGCUUGCUUCAGCAGCGCAGUCAGACCACUUACAAUGUGCAUUCUGACAAUAAACUCUCGGAGAUGCUCAGCCUCUUUGAAAAGGGACUGAAGAAUGUCAAGAAUGAAUAUGAGCAGUUGAAUUACGCAAAGCAGCUGAAAGAGAGAUUGGAGGCUUUUACACGAGAUUUUCUUCCUCACAUGAAAGAAGAGGAGGAGGUUUUUCAGCCCAUGUUAAUGGAAUAUUUUACCUAUGAAGAGCUUAAGGAUAUUAAAAAGAAAGUGAUCGCGCAGCACUGCUCUCAGAAGGACCCUGCGGAACUCCUGAGAGGUCUUAGUCUGUGGAAUCAAGCUGAAGAGCGGCAGAAAUUUUUCAAAUAUUCUGUGGAUGAAAAGUCAGACAAAGAAGCGGAAGUAUCCGAGCAGUCCACAGGUAUAACUCACCUUCCUCCCGAGGUAAUGCUGUUGAUUUUCAGUUAUCUCAGUCCUCAGGAGUUAUGUCGCUGCAGCCAAGUAAGCACCAAGUGGUCUCAGCUGGCAAAGACCGGGUCACUUUGGAAACAUCUUUAUCCUGUUCACUGGGCCAGAGGUGACUGGUACUGUGGUCCUGCAGCUGAACUCGAUACUGAACCCGAUGAGGAAUGGGUGAAAAAUAGAAAAGAUGAAAGUCGCGCUUUUCAGGAAUGGGAUGAAGAUGCCGACAUAGAUGAAUCUGAAGAGUCUGCAGAAGAAUCGAUUGCUAUCAGCAUCGCACAAAUGGAAAAGCGUUUACUUCAUGGCUUAAUUCACAACGUUCUACCAUAUGUCGGCACUUCUGUAAAAACUUUAGUGUUAGCAUACAGUUCUGCAGCUUCCAGCAAAAUGGUGAGACAGAUUUUAGAGCUUUGUCCUAACCUGGAGCAUCUGGAUCUUACCCAGACUGACAUUUCGGAUUCUGCAUUUGACAGCUGGUCUUGGCUCGGUUGCUGCCAGAGUCUUCGGCAUCUUGAUCUGUCCGGCUGUGAGAAAAUCACGGAUGUGGCCCUGGAGAAGAUUUCCCGAGCCCUCGGGAUGCUGACAUCUCACGAGAGUGGCCUUGUGCAGACGUGUACAAGCAAAGUGGCCGCCACCAUGUGGAAAAACGAAGGCGUCGCCGAGCCGCCCACAGGCUACGCCCAUCCGCAGGACCUGACCAGCAGCAGUGGCGUCAGAGAAGAAAUAGAUAACGGCCACCCCUGGGCGAAGCCCUUCCCUGCGGAAGAGUUCACCUCCCCGUCCGUGUGGAUGCUAGACGCCGACGACUUGGCCGACAUCGAAGAUGCCGUGGAGUGGAGACGCAGACACGUGGAGAGUCUGUGUGUGCUGGGAACGGCGCCCGACUUGGGCUGCCCUUCCCCCGCUUGCUACUACAGCAAGGAUCUCGCCGGACUAAGGACUAGCGUCUGCUGGCAGCAGCACUGUGCCUCCCCCGCCUUGGCGUACUGCGGACAUUCAUUUUGCUGUAUGGGAACAGCUCUGAGAACUGUGGCAGCGCUCCCAGGGCCCUCUGCAUUACGCGGAAAAGCGUCAAGGGCGGGACUGCCGAGGGACGAGGACUUGGUUUCCUCUGGGAGUGAGCCGUCUGACCAAGAGACGGGCCGUGUCCUUCUGUUUCUCAGUCUGUCUGGAUGCUAUCAGAUCACAGACCACGGUCUCAGGCUGCUGGCUCUGGGCGGAGGGCUGCCGUGUCUGGAGCACCUGAACCUCUCCGGCUGCCUCACCGUCACGGGCGCCGGACUGCAGGAUCUGGUCGCAGCGUGUCCUUCCCUAAACGACGAACACUUCUACUACUGCGACAACAUUAACGGUCCUCACGCCGACACGGCCAGUGGAUGCCAGAAUUUGCAGUGUGGUUUUCGAGCCUGCUGCCGCUCUGGCGAGUGACCCCUGACUUGUGACCUUUGUCUACUUCACUAGCUGAGCAGGCUUCCUUUCAUGCACUUUACUCACCAGCACACUGUCUGUGUUCACCACCCCUUUCUGAGAGUGACUCGUUUGGGCCCCGUCUCUGCCAGCCUCGGAAAUCUCAACUCACCCAUGAAUUGUCUACAGUGCUGGUGUUCUUGCAAACCAUCUGUCUGUUCUAGAAAGGAGGAUAGUUCUUUCUGUAAGGGUGGAGGCUAGGGGGCAUUCCUGUCAGAUUUCCUUUAAACUAGAUGCUUUGGAAAGGAUGUCACUAAUGACACACCACUGAAAGUAUUCUUAAGAUCAUGUGGGUUUGGAAGCCAGUGGUGGUUCUUGGUCCCCUGCAUCUUAUAAAGCACUGUAGGUCUUGUAGACAUACAUUGUUGGAGUUUUAUUCCCAAAGACUGCACAUUUUGGAAACCAAUAUAUAUUUCUUUUCUAUACUGUUUUCUUUAUUUGAACAGUUUUCAGAGGGCCAGUGCAAACAUACCCACAUCUGAAAGUCCUUAAGAUUAGAGAGUAAUUUGGCUACUUGGAGUCAGCUCAGUGAGCCAACACAGCCCCUGAGCAUCUGUUUAAUUUCAUCAGACACACACCCCCGGCACCCCCCCCUCACUUCCCACCACUGUUCUUAAAUGGUCAACUCUGGGGGGGAUUUUUAAAAAUUAUACAAUCAUUUGAAAAAAAAUGUAUAAAUAAAAUCUAAUUUGAGGACUUUACCAAGUGA